UAUCGAGGAUAAUGGGUCAUCUAUGACCCAGGAGUCCCAGAUACGGGAGUCGGCUAAGGCUUACUUCUACUCCCUCUUUUCAUCUGAGCGCGACAUGCUUACGCACCCCAACCCUGCCCUGUUUCUGACCAUUCCGCAGUCGGUCGAUCUUAUCGGCCUCUACGACCUCCUGAGUGAGGAGAAGGUCAGGAAGGCUAUGUUUGGGAUUGAUCCAAACAGUGUCUCCGGAUCGGAUGGCUUUUCGUCCCUUUUCUUCCAGUCAUGCUGGGAGAUUGUGGGAACUGACGUAGAGGAAGCUAUUAGGAACUUUUUAUCUG